AUGGGGCCGACAGAUAAGUUCACCUGGCUGCACUUGAACAAAGCCCUGAAUGACGAUCCGUCUGCAACCCUGGGAGUUAGUUUCAAUCCAGUGAGUCGCCAAAUGCUACAUUACUUUCUACUGAGGGGAUUUAACCUCAGCUCAACUCCCCUGCCAACCUGGAUCAUUUUGCUGUAUGAUUUUUAGAGAUGACAUGGAGACCUUGCGAAAAUUACUAGAAAACCACCCUCCUAUCUUACAAAAUGAGCGGCGUUCAAAGUUAAAAGCUGUCAUUUUAGUCCACAGGAUUGGCUAUUGAAAGGCCUGCUCUAGCGUGCAUGCUAUGGGGGGGGGGGGGGGGGGGGGGGGGGGGGGGGGGGGGACUGUUAUGCAAACUGCUCUUUACUGCUUUAAAGCUCUGAGAGUGCCGAGAUGGGACUACACACAGAGACAGAAUAGCUAUAGAGAAUGUUCAGAAUCUACAGUACCAACACUUACAAAUAGAUAGAGCGAUAAAUAUAUGGAAUUAAAGUAAAACAUUAUUUGCUAGCUACUACUGAUACCUGGCAUAUGAUGUUUUCAAGUCAUUUGACUGAGCUGAAUGAUGCUUCUCUCUUUUAUAGCUGUCAGGGCUGUGGUGUGAGAUUGAGGAGAGAGGACGAGAUGAGAUGUGAGAACGGUGGUAUUAGCAUGGGCUGUCACACGGCCAUUUGGAUGAAAAAUUGUCCUUGGGUAAUUCUCUAAUGAAGAAGUGAAAUGGCAAACACAGCACUGGAGCCCUGAGGAAUGCAUGAGCCUACUCAUCCUCUGAGGCAAUGUGGCUCUGGAGGAAGUGGUGAGGGCAAGUCGUAAUUCCGUCCAUGCCCUCUUGAAAGACAGAUGUGGUUGAGGAAGAACAGUCAUUGUAGCUGAAAGGCACAACUACUGCUGAGGGCAAUAAAUGAGUACAAUGAAUAUACGGAACAUCUAUUCAGGCCAGCACUAGUGUACGGUACAAGCUAAGCAGCAUUAGUAUGUUUUAAUAUGCUGCUCUGUGCAUUGGGAUGCACAAUUCUUAUGGUAAAGUAAUGCUUGUCUGGCUGUGCACUAAUUAGGGAGAGACAGUUGUCAAAGGUCAGUGUGUGUGCGUGUGUGUGUGCACACAGGUACGUGCAUGCUUGCAUGUGUGCGGAUGUAUGUGUGUGAGUGAGUGCAUAUGAGUGUGCGUGCAUGCGUACGUGAGUGCAUGCAUGUGCAUACGUGUGAGUGCUUGGGGAUGUCAGCAUGGGAACUCCCCUGCUGAAGCUAAUCCAGCCUAAUCGGCCACAUCUCAGACACUACAACACGGAACACAGCCACUAGUGUCCUAUUUUGGGACCUACCCUCUCUCUGGUGCUGUAAAUAAGAGCCAUAACCUCCAUUUUAAUGGUUCGACCUGGACGCUCUUAUAGUGAUCCUUUUGUGGUCACUUCAUUACAGACACAUAGUGCCUCUCGAUCCGCCUGGCCCCGGUGUCUCUCUGGCUGUGCUCCCUGGCUGGCUGGCUGUGGGAUCUGAGAGCUCCCACUGUGGGACCCUUUAAGAUAGCUUCCCAAUUUAACCCAAUACAUGUGGACUAAACAGCUAAACUAACACAGACAUACUGUAUACAUAUGUAAAUACAGUGGGGAGAACAAGUAUUUGAUACACUGCCAUUUUUGCAGGUUUUCCUACUUACAAAGCAUGUAGAGGGUACACUUCAACUGUGAGAGACGGAAUCUAAAACAAAAAUACAGAAAAUCACAUUGUAUGAUUUUUAAGUAAUUAAUUUGCCUUUUAUUGCAUGACAUAAGUAUUUGAUACAUCAGAAAAGCAGAACUUAAUAUUUGGUACAGAAAACGUUGUUUGCAAUUACAGAGAUCAUACGUUUCCUGUAGGUCUUGACCAGGUUUGCACACACUGCAGCAGGGAUUUUGGCCCACUCCUCCAUACAGACCUUCUCCAGAUCCUUCAGGUUUCGGGGCUGUCGGCGGGCAAUACGGACUUUCAGCUCCCUCCAAAGAUUUUCUAUUGGGUUCAGGUCUGGAGACUGGCUAGGCCACUUCAGGACCUUGAGAUGCUUCUUACGGAGCCACUCCUUAGUUGCCCUGGCUGUGUGUUUCGGGUCGUUGUCAUGCUGGAAGACCCAGCCACGACCCAUCUUCAAUGGUCUUACUGAGGGAAGGAGGUUGUUGGCCAAGAUCUCGCGAUACAUGGCCCCAUCCAUCCUCCCCUCAAUACGGUGCAGUCAUCCUGUCCCCUUUGCAGAAAAGCAUCCCCAAAGAAUGAUGUUUCCACCUCCAUGCUUCACGGUUGGGAUGGUGUUCUUGGGGUUGUACUCAUCCUUCUUCUUCCUCCAAACACGGCGAGUGGAGUUUAGACCAAAAAGCUCUAUUUUUGUCUCAUCAGACCACAUGACCUUAUCCCAUUCCUCCUCUGGAUCAUCCAGAUGGUCAUUGGCAAACUUUGACGGGCCUGGACAUGCGCUGGCUUGAGCAGGGGGACCUUGCGUGCGCUGCAGGAUUUUAAUCCAUGACGGCGUAGUGUGUUACUAAUGGUUUUCUUUGAGACUGUGGUCCCAGCUCUCUUCAGGUCAUUGACCAGGUCCUGCCGUGUAGUUCUGGGCUGAUCCCUCAUCUUCCUCAUGAUCAUUGAUGCCCCACGAGGUGAGAUCUUGCAUGGAGCCCCAGACCGAGGGUGAUUGACCGUCAUCUUGAACUUCUUCAAUUUUCUAAUAAUUGCGCCAACAGUUGUUGCCUUCUCACCAAGCUGCUUGCCUAUUGUCCUGUAGCCCAUCCCAGCCUUGUGCAGGUCUACAAUUUUAUCCCUGAUGUCCUUACACAGCUCUCUGGUCUUGGCCAUUGUGGAGUGGUUGGGGUCUGUUUGAUUGAGUGUGUGGACAGGUGUCUUUAUACAUGUAACGAGUUCAAACAGGUGCAGUUAAUACAGGUAAUGAGUGGAGAACAGGAGGGCUUCUUAAAGAAAAACUAACAGGUCUGUGAGAGCCGGAAUUCUUACUGGUUGGUAGGUGAUCAAAUACUUAUGUCAUGCAAUAAAAUUCAAAUUAAUUACUUAAAAAUCGUACAAUGUGAUUUUCAGGAUUUUUUCUCUACAUGCUUUGUAAGUAGGAAAACCUGCAAAAUCGGCAGUGUAUCAAAUACUUGUUCUCCCCACUGUAUGUCUGAAAUUGUUUCCUGUACCCUAUGAAGUGCACUACUCUUGACCAGGGACCAGGGCUCUGGUCAAAAGAAGUGCACUAUAAAGGAAAUAGGGUGCCAUUUCGAAUGCACACCAAAUCUACUGAACAAAAAUAUAAACGCAACAUGCAAUAAUUAUAUGGAAAUCAGUCAAUUGGGCAGGGGCACAGCCAUGGGUGGGCCUGGAGGGCAUAGGCCCACCCACUGGGGAGCCAGGCCCAGCCAAUCAGAAUACGUUUUUCCCCACAAAAGGGCUUUAUUUCAGAAAUAAAUACUCCUCAGUUUCAUCAGCUGUCCAGGUGACUGGUCUCAGACGAUCCCACAGGUGAAGAAGCCAGAUGUGGAUGUCCUGGGCUGGUGUGGUUACACGUGGUCUGCUGUUGUGAGGCCAGUUGGACAUACAGUACUUCCAAAUUCUCUAAAACGACGUUGGAGGCGGCUUAUGGUAGAGAAAUAAACAUUCAAUUCUCUGGCAACAGCUCUGGCGGACAUUCCUGCAGUCAGCAUGCCAAUUGCACGCUCCCUCAAAACUUGAGACAUCUGUGGCAUUGUGUUGUGUGACAAAACUGCACAUUUUAGACUCGCCUUUUAUUGUCCCCAGCACAAGGGAGUCAGAGGUUGAUUCCUAUUUCAGUGUGUUUGAACGUAUAGCGGUAGCAUUGAAAUGGCCCGAAGAGGUAUGGUGCCUAUUACUUCAGUGUAAACUAACAGGUAAAGCCCAAGAGGUUCUGGCAGCGCUACCUCUUGAAGACAGUUUGAAUUAUGAAGUGGUCAAAGCUACUGUUCUUCGUGCCUAUGAGCUUGUUCCUGAGGCAUAUCGACAGAGAUUUAGGUUUCAUAAAAAGUCUCCUACUCAGACUUAUGUGGAGUUUGCUAGAGACAAAGGAAAUCUGUUUGACAAAUGGCACAGUGCUAGUAAAGUAACUGAUUUUAACUCUCUACGGGAGUUAAUCUUGUUAGAAGAGUUUAAAAAUUGCUUACCCGAACGCAUUGUAGUUUAUCUGAACGAACAGAAAGUAUCCUCACUGUCGGAAGCGUCUGUAUUGGCAGACGAGUUUGUGUUGACGCAUAAGAGCGUGUUUUCGGCUCGUACGGAGAGCAGGGCUGCGGAGUUGCUAACUUUUAGUCCUAGUCGACCAGCAGUACAUCCAGCGCGCCCAAAAGAUGUGCGUCACUGUUUCUAUUGUCAUAAGGUGGGACAUAUGGUUAAUGAUUGCUUUCUGCUAAAACGCAAACCGGGGAUGCCUCAGCACGCCAGGCCGCCAACGGGUGUUGGGCUGAUUCGUACGGUUGUAAGGCCGGAAGCAAGACAGAAGCCUCAUAGUGAAUGUGGUUUGAAAGUCCCUGUCCCAGAUCACAGUUAUGAACCGUUCAUUUUUGAGGGGUUUGUUUCUAUAUCAGAUGAUGAAGCGUCUCGGCGUCCAGUUAGAAUCCUCAGAGAUACUGGUGCGGCGCAGUCGUUCAUACUAUCUGAUGUGUUGCCCUUGUCCAAUAAUACAUAUUGUGGUUCCAGUGUGUUAGUACAAGGAAUUGAAAUGGGUUUCGUCCCAGUGCCAUUGCACUUUGUGCCAUCAGCUUCUUGAUAUGCCACACCUAACAGGUGGAUGGAUUAUCUUGGCAAAGGAGAAAUGCUAAUUUACAGGGAUGCAAACAAAUUUGUGCACAACAUUUGAGAGAAAUAAGCUUUUUGUGUGUAUGGAACAUUUCUGGGAUCUUUUAUUUCAGCUCAUGAGACCAACAUGUUGCAUUUAUAUUUUUGUUCAGUUCAUUAACUGAUAAGCUAACACAAACAUACAGAAUGUACAACAGUGUCUCUGAAAUGUUUGUGCUAGAAAGUAACUUAAAAGCCUAUGUACAGUAAUGCAUUCCAACUUCAUUUGACUGAAGGCGAUGUUUCAGCAAGCGACCCACUUCUGAAUUGGAUAUGAUUAAACAUACAGCAGUUUGCACAAACUGUUUGAGCAUUUUGAUUGCCCAAUUACCCAAAGGUGACUUAUGCAAGGUUACAUAAUCUUUAGAUUAUUUUGUAGGAAGUUGUGUUUGAUCUACAAAUGCUCAGAUGCACAGAUGUGAUCAUCAUUAUAGUAGAUGAAUAUGGCGAUGGGUGAAUGUUUUUGCUAAUCCAACCAUGCCUCACAGGGACAGACCAUAGAGCAUGUGAACAAGCUUCAUAAUCAUCCGCGAUGAGAGGGGAAAAAAACAACAUUGAAAAACAUUUUGUCCCAUUGGUCAAUUUUCUGAAUCAAAAGGAUUUCAAUCCCUCUAUGCUCCUCUGUGUUCAUUCCCUUUGAUGCCUUAUAUUCACAAGGAAAUCAUUUCUGACGACUGCACACCAGUCAGCUCCAAUAACUCAACAAUAAGUGCUCAGUUGAAUAACAGUGCAGCCUAGUUACUGCCUGAACUGAGCAUGCCCAGUGCCCACUAGUGUGGGGUUCAGCUGCUUGGUAGAAGGGUGCAGGAAGACUUGGCAGCUGCCUAUGUAGUCUGGAAAUGGAAUGAUGCUCCACUGUGUUUGGUUGGUACACUGCUCCCCUACCGCAUGAAACUCCACUUUUAAUGUAACAGUUCUGAAGAGUCUCAGGAGAGACGUCCAUAGCUGGGCUCCCUGGUGUUUUAUUUUUCUGGGUUUUGUUUUAUGUGAUUGAUGUCAGAGAGAAUCCCAGCUAGAGCCCCAUCACUCUGUUGACCUUUUUGAAAUUUAACAUUUCUCUUUCUCUGUAAAUGGCCAUGGGCCUCCUCCAUUUCUCCUUGGCUCAUGUUAGUGGUGGUAUGUAUUGCUGGGAGAAGGAUUGUGGGGAGAUGAAAUGGUCCUGAGGCUCUUUUAGCCGUCGUAGUGUGUACAUCACUGACUGUGGCCAUGUGGAUCAGAAUUAGCUCUCUGUUUCUAGUUUUCCUCUCCCUCUCUCGCUAGCUCUCUCUCUCUCACUCUCAUCACACCUCUCCUUUUCUCUCACAUCUCUCUCUCUCUCACACGUGAUCCCAGUCGUUAAUUGAUUCUCGGUUUUUGAGAGCUGACAAACUGAAAGGCCUGAUUGCGGACAGCUGUGAUGGUUGGAGGUUGAACAGUUGCUGGAAGGUGUUUACACUGUACAGGGAGGGCAACGCCUUAGCACCAGUGUGUGUCUCUCACUCUCUCUCUUUGUUGCCGAUUAAAAUUGGGUGGGGUGGUGGUGAUAGUGGUGUGGGUGGUGAAGAUAGUGGUGGGGGUGGGGGUGGUGGGGAUGACAGGGGUCUCUGACAGCCCAUAGCUAGCCUCAGGCUAUUUGCAUAUAAUCCAGAAUGUUAUGAAGAAUGAUCAGAUGAACUGCAAUUAAUUGCAAAGUCCCUCUUUGCCAUGAAAAUGAACUUAAUCCCCCAAAAACAUUUCCACUGCAUUUCAGCCCUGCCACAAAAGGACCAGCUGACAUCAUGUCAGUGAUUCUCUCGUUAACACAGGUGAGAGUGUUGACGAGGACAAGGCUGUAGAUCACUCUGUCAUGCUGAUUGAGUUAGAAUAACAGACUGGAAGCUUUAAAAGGAGGGUGGUGCUUGAAAUCAUUGUUCUUCCUCUGUUAACCAUGGUUACCUGCAAGGAAACACGUGCCGUCAUCAUUGCUUUGCGCAAAAAGGGCUUCACAGGCAAGGAUAUUGCUGCUAGUAAGAUUGCACCUAAAUCAACAAUUUAUCCGAUCAUCAAGAACUUCAAGGAGAGAGGUUCAAUUGUUGUGAAGAAGGCUUCAGGGCACCCAAGAAAGUCCAGCAAGCGCCAGGACUGUCUCCUAAAGUUGAUUCAGCUGCGGGAUCAGGGCACCACCAGUGCAGUGCUUGCUCAGGAAUGGCAGCAGGCAGGUGUGAGUGCAUCUGCACGCACAGUGAAGCGAAGACUUUUGGAGGAUGGCCUGGUGUCAAGAAGGGCAGAGAGGAAGCCACUUCUCUCCAGGAAAAACAUCAGGGACAGACUGAUAUUCUGCAAAAGGUAUAGGGAUUGGACUGGUGAGGACUGGGGUAAAGUCAUUUUCUCUGAUGAAUCCCCUUUCCGAUUGUUUGGGGCAUCCGGAAAAAAGCUUGUCCGGAGAAGACAAGGUGAGCGCUACCAUCAGUCCUGUGUCAUGCCAACAGUAAAGCAUCCUGAGACCAUUCAUGUGUGGGGUUGCUUCUCAGCCAAGGGAGUGGGCUCACUCACAGUUUUGCCUAAGAACACAGCCAUGAAUAAAGAAUGGUACCAACACAUCCUCCAAGAGCAACUUCUCCCAACCAUCCAAGAACAGUUUGGUGACGAACAAUGCCUUUUCCAGCAUGAUGGAGCACCUUGCCAUAAGGCAAAAGUGAUAACUAAGUGGCUCGGGGAACAAAACAUCGAAAUUUUGGGUCCAUGGCCAGGAAACUCCCCAGACCUUAAUCCCAUUGAGAACUUGUGGUCAAUCCUCAAGAGGCGGGUGGACAAACAAAACCCCACAAAUUCUGACAAACUCCAAGCAUUGAUUAUGCAAGAAUGGGCUGCCAUCAGUCAGGAUGUGGCCCAGAAGUGAAUUGACAGCAUGCCAGGGCGGAUUGCAGAGGUCUUGAAAAAGAAGGGUCAACACUGCAAAUAUUGACUCUUUGCAUAAACUUAAUGUAAUUGUCAAUAAAAGCCUUUGACACUUAUGGAAUGCUUGUAAUUAUACUUCAGUAUACCAUAGUAACAUCUGAGAAAAAUAUCUAAAAACACUGAAGCAGAAAACUUUGUGAAGACCAAUACUUGUGUCAUUCUCAAAACUUUUGACCACGACUGUAGUCUGUAUAAUUAUUGCAAAAUGAUUUCAUUCAUAACUUGUGGGUGUAGAAAACAAGAUUGUUUUGGAUUUUAAUAUCUCUUAUAAUUAAAAUAUGUUUUUAAAUGCUAGGCCAUGUGCUAUGGGGAUGGAUGGAGAGAACUUAAGUUUGUUUGGCAAAUCUGUCAUACAUGUUUGUUUCUGACAGACAAUGCAUAUGUCAUGUGUCACUUAGUUUUUCUGCUCUGUAAGUGUAUCUCAAUGCUAUGUAGCCUAAGUGUCCAGUCUAACGUACUGUAGUAUUAAACAUCAAUACAGCUACUCAUACAAUAUGCCAAGCUCAAGGCAUUUAAAAGCAAGAGAGAACAGAGACGCCUAAUGCAGGAAAUGACAUUAUACCACAACACCACUUAGAGGAAUUACCACCACAACAGCUUUGUCAAUCUACCACGAAAAUUAAACAACACAAAGACAUGUGUAUAGCAGUCAUCUGAAAAGAUAGAUUGAAGAUUGCAGUAUAAUACACAAUGAGUGAUCGUUUGGUUUAGCACUGUAUUGCUAUGCUUGUGCCUGAGUCCCAAAUGUCACCCUAUUUCCUAUGUAGUGCACUACUUUUGACCAGAGCGCUAUGAGGAUAUGGAAUAGGGUCCAUUUGGGACGCAGCUGCCUUUUACCCAUCCAGUUCUGUUCUGUAUUCAUCCCUGUGUUUCCCAUGGUCCUCUGCAGGGAGUUUGGCUGGAGAGACCCAGAGCUGCCUGAGGUGAUCCAGAUGCUGCAGCACCAGUUCCCCUCGGUCCAGUCCAACGCUGCAGCCUACCUCCAACACCUGUGCUUCGGAGACAACAAGAUAAAGUCUGAGGUAACCAUGCACCGGUUGGGUCCGGAUCCAUACAGUUUCUACUGCGUGUGCUAGCUGGGGAACUUGUAUCCACUGCUAGCCUCUCAGCAUGUUCACUACAUCAUCUAAACUAUAACAUGCAGCAGUCCUUUCUGGUUUGGCUCACACCACAUACAGUUGAAGUCGGAAGUUUACAUACACCUUAGCCAAAUACAUUUAAACUCAGUUUUUCACAAUUCCUGACAUUUAAUCCUAGUAAAAAAGUCCCUGCCUUAGGUCAGUUAGGAUCACCACUUUAUUUUAAGAAUGGGAAAUAUAUAAUAAUAGUAGAGAGAAUUAUUUAUUUCACCUUUUAUUUAUUUCAUCACAUUCCCAGUGGGUCAGAAGUUUACAUACACUCAAUUAGUAUUUGGUAGCAUUGCCUUUAAAUUGUUUAACUUGGGUCAAAUGUUUCAGGUAGCCUUCCACAAGCUUCCCACAAUAAGUUUGGUGAAUUUUGGGCCAUUCCUCCUGACAGGGUGUAACUGAGUCAGGUUUGUAGGCCUCCUUGCUAGCACACGCCUUUUCAGUUCUGCCCACAAAUGUUCUAUAGGAUUGAGGUCAGGGCUUUGUGAUGGCCACUCCAAUACCUUGACUUUGUUGUCCUUAAGCCAUUUUGCCACAACUUUGGAAGUAUGCUUGGGGUCAUUGUCCAUUUGGAAGACCAUUUGUGACCAAGCUUUAACUUCCUGACUGAUGUCUUGAGAUGUUGCUUCAAUAUAUCCACAUAAUUUUCCUUCCUCAUGAUUCCAUCUAUUUCGUGAAGUGCACCAGUCCCUCCUGCAGCAAAGCACCCCCACAGCAUGAUGCUGCCACCCCCAUGCUUCACGGUUGGGAUGGUGUUCUUCGGCUUGCAAGCUACCUCCUUUUUCCUCCAAACAUAACGAUGGUCAUUAUGGCCAAACAGUUCUAUUUUUGUUUCAUCAGACCAGAGGACAUUUCUCCAAAAAGUACAAUCUUUGUCCCCAUGUGCAGUUGCAAACCAUAGUCUGGCUUUUUUAUGGCGGUUUUCGAGCAGUGGCUUCUUCCUUGCUGAGCGGCCUUUCAGGUUAUGUCGAUAUAGGACUCGUUUUACUGUGGAUAUAGAUACUUUUGUACCUGUUUCCUCCAGCAUCUCCACAAGGUCCUUUGCUGUUGUUCUGGGAUUGAUUUGCACUUUUCGCACCAAAGUACGUUCAUCUCUAGGAGACAGAACGCGUCUCCUUCCUGAGCGGUAUAACGGCUACGUGGUCCUAUGGUGUUUAUACUUGCGUACUAUUGUUUGUACAGAUGAACGUGGUACCUCCAGGCGUUUGGAAAUUGCUCCCAAGGAUGUACCAGACUUGUGGAGGUCUACAAUUCUUUUUCUGAGGUCUUGGCUGAUUUCUUUAGAUUUUCCCAUGAUGUCAAGCAAAGAGGCACUGAGUUUGAAGGUAGGCCUUGAAAUACAUCCACAGGUACACCUCCAAUUGACUCAAAUGAUGUCAAUUAGCCUAUCAGAAGCUUCUAAAGCCAUGACAUAAUUUUCUGGAAUUUUCCAAGCUGUUUAAAGGCACAGUCAACUUAGUGUAUGUAAACGUCUGACCCACUGGAAUUGUGAUACAGUGAAUUAUAAGUGAAAUAAUCUGUCUGUAAACAAUUGUUGGACAAAUUACUUGUGUCAUGCACAAAGUAGAUGUCCUAACCGACUUGCCAAAACUAUAGUUUGUUAACAAGACAUUUGUGGAGUGGUUGAAAAACGAGUUUUAAUGACUCCAACCUAAGUGUAUGUAAACUUCCGACUUCAACUGUAUUUCUACUGCUGUGUGCUAGCUGGGACACUUGAGUCCACUGCUUAUACAUUAUGAAAUGUAUAGGCCCCAUAAAGUUGUUAUACCAGUUGCUAACAUCAUAUUGGGAAAAUAGUCAGUGGGAGGGCGCUGGGCAGCUGAGGUCUGUUUCAGUUGAAACCUAUAAAACAUAGCAAAGUCCGCCUCUGCUCUCAUGUUCAGUACAUCAUCUAAAAUGUAUACCUUUUGUGAAGCCUUUUGCGAGAAUAAUUCAGCUCAGGAUAAAUUCCAGUUGCUAGAAUUGUUAAUUCUUCUCACAUUAGUGGAUAGAUAGUAUUAACUACUCUUGCCUCAUCUGAUAUGCCUCACCCGUAUGUAGGGAUGUUGGAUAGCUUGGUGUGUGCGUGAUAUGUGGGUGAUAUGUGGGGACAUUGACUGGUUGAGGUGGAGGGAUGCUGAGAUGGGGGGAGGUUGAGAUGCAGGGAUAGGAAGAUGGAGGGAUGGGGAGAUGGAGGGAUAAGUUGCAGGUCAGAUGCCCUCUGGGAGGGAUUGGAAGAAAGUCAUUAGGUCAGCUGAUGGCUUCUCCUGGAACACUGCUGACGUGCAUCUCAUUGCCUCUCUCAGACUAUGAGAUAUAUCACACAGGCAACAUGGGCAGACACACACACACACACACAUCCGUGAUUACACACAUACACACCCCAUAGGCAUGCACACACAUAGGCACAUGCACACUAUUUAUAGUACUGCAAGGCAAUGCACGUUAGCUGUGUGUGGUGUCAUGAUGGUGCCUUCUCGCCUAGCAGUAUCUUGGUUAUUUUUGGACCAGAAGGCUGUGUGAAGGGAAUGACUAUUUACUGGGUGCUCUAUUUUGAUAACAGCAGAGCGAGGGAGUGUCUAGUAAGUGUCUUCAUAAACAGUAGGGAAUAUACAUACAUACAGCAUGUACUGGAUAAUGACAGCAUGUAGCCUGCAAUCUAGUGAACCAGUGUCUAUCACCUUUGCCAACACCUCUUUGGUUGUGCAUUGACUGAAUAUGAAUCAGCCAUAAAAUGGCACAUUUACUGUAAUAACAGAUGCCAUGAUGGGGUAAAACCUUGUCACUAAAUAAAUUGUCAGUCAAUUGGAGCAGAGAACCCAGAUAAACAGGGUCUCUGAUUUGUAAUGAUUUUUCUCCUCUGUGUUUAAUUGGAGUUGAGAGGUACAGCAACAGCAGCAGUGCUGAUCCAUUCUGUUGGACCUGGCAGCACAUCUGCUGACUGUUGGCACCACUCCUCCGGUGUGUGUGUGUGUGUGUGUGUGUCACUCUGCCAGGUCAUCACUUCCUCUAUCACUCUGUCACUAAUAUGGCAGAACGCUAUGGCAGCGUGUCCUGGGCCUUUCUGUCUGUGUGCAGCCACGUGUUUGACAUGGCUCUAGUUUAUUACUAGAGAAAAGGUACCUGAGUGAAAUGAAGAAUAGGAUUUAUAUAGGGAUGCCUCCAGGGAUAUUGUUGUCAAUGCUGAAAACUAUGACUAAGUAUGACUUUUGUGGUAGACAAUUGAACAGUCAAGAAUAUUAGCUACGCUAUUGCAUACAUAUUUGUACUGCUCUUGCUCUAUCUAUUCAUUUUGAUCCAGUUGAUCCACUUACAUCCUUCCUCUCCUCUCCCUGUUCCUCUCACCAGAUCCGGAGGCAAGGAGGGAUCCAGCUGCUGGUGGAUCUACUAGAUCACAGAAUGACCGACGUUCACCGCAGCGCCUGUGGAGCUCUGAGGAACCUAGUGUACGGCAAGGCCAACGAUGACAACAAGAUCGCCCUGAAGAACUGUGGGGGGAUCCCAGCCCUGGUCCGCCUGCUGAGGAAGACCACCGACAUGGAGAUCAGGGAGCUGCUCACAGGUUAACAGAGUUUGGUGACAAGUUAUAACAUAGAGAGACAUAACAUAGCCUUGCUAUAUGACAUUAUAAAGCAUUAUACCUGGAUGCGUAUGGAAGUGUUAUCUCAAGUUUAUACACAGAACUGUCACUGUUACUGGGGGCUGGAUAACUACUAUAGGCUGUAAAGGCAAAGAAUCACAAAGGGAAGUUUCACAUCAAUAUCCAUAGUAGUGGGUCAUCAAUAUAAGUCAGCUAGUUAAACACUGAAUAUGAAAACACGAAUAUCCACAAAUGACUUGACUGGAUAGAAAUUUCAUAUUUUUGAUGAGAUACAAUAUGAUGUGAAACUUCAUCGGGGUAUGGCACCACAGACAUCUAUUAAAUGUUCUAAAAGUGAACAUUGCCAAAAGGCACUUAGUCAAUAAGAAGUCAGAGGUAAAAUCCCCUAGUUAUGUUUAGAGAGAGCAUGUUGCUUCAUCCUUUUAUUAUACAUUUUUUACUGUAGAGAGGAUUUUAAGACAGGAAAUGCUUAGGAAAUAAAUGGUUUGUGCUGGUACUGUCUUAAAGGAGAUUACUAUAUAAAUUAGAAAGCAAUUCAACGCUUGGAACACAGUCCCUCCUGUCACAAAUUAAUCAGGCUGCAGAAAACCUUCCCCGGCCCACAGGAAUUCUGCCUAUUCACUUCUUCACAGUGUGCGCCUGAGCCUCCUCUCCCCUUCCUGUGACUAUGCAUGGAUUAAUGGGACCAUUUACCCGUCUUCUAGCCUUCCCUGAGCCUUCCCCGUGCCACCAACUGCCAAGGGGCGCCCUACUUAGGCAUGCGGCGGUGGUUUAUGACAUCACAGUUAGCCAAACAAGGUUGUUGUUUCCCCCGCUGCUCUAGCAAGCCCCCCUUUUAUGUAGAGGAGACCAAGAUGAUUAUUCAGAAAGAAUAAAGCUCUUUUUAAUGGCGAAUUUCUUGUCUCCUGAGAUUAAAGAUGUAGAUUGUAUCCUGGACUCCAUGUGAUGCCGAACAGGAACCCCUGUUGCUGCUCUUACACAGCCAGGGUACAAUUAGUCUAUUCUAGUGGAGGGAUGGAGGGAUAGGAUGUGGCCUGGCUAGAUUAUGGUUAAUCAAGUUGCCCUGUAGUUCUCGGAGUAGAUUCAUUUAAAAGUAGUAGUAGUUGGAGGAGAAUGGUAGAAAUGUACAGACAUCUAUACGUCUUAUUCCAUCAGAGCUGGGAUGUAGUUUAUUUCUUCGUAUUUGUUUUGGUACCACAGUGACUCAUUGUAAAGAGUGGCUGAUUUGAUUUGAUUUGAUUGGAAUGUCAUCUGCACUGAAUCACUGUCGGCUCACGACAUAGCGGCUGCGUCACCUGAACCAUAUAAAAACAUCAGGUUACUAAAAUGUAAUUUCUGUCACCUUGACAACCUGCACAGUGCCCUCAACUUCCGCUACCCCCCGUAGAGAUAAUUUGGGUCCAGUUCUGCAGACGACCUGCUUUCUCCCCACGAAAUGAUGCUCUCGCACCGCCUGCCUCCCCGAUGAUGUAAGGCUGAGGCAAUUAACCUCUUUCAUCUAUCCAGUGAAAGAAAAAAAUCCAUCAACUUUUUUUCCCACUGGAAGAAGAUGAUGUUAUAGGCGGUUAUUAUCCGCCAAGCCCACCCUCGCCACCGCUAUAGGCAGCAGCCCUUUCAUUUUUGAAAACACAGAAAUGCUGUCCGCCACCCCGAGCGUGGUAAAGUGAUGCUCUCUGCAAGAUUACUGUCUCCACUAAUUAUGAGCAAUGCAGCUAGUUAUUUAGAGCAGAGCAGACCACAAGGAAAAUAUCCCAACAUGGCUGAUAAGACUAAAGUAGAUCUAUGUAAUGACAUUGUUGUUGUGAGAGGAACGGGUGAAGAGUGACUGACUGCCUCACAACUGGUAAUUGCAAUAAUAAAUGCUACGGCUACGGUGUCCUAGGAGGGACAUGACGUGGUGAAGGUCAACAAGAAUUAUAAUGUGUUGGGCCAGCUUUCAAGGUCAUUACAAUCAGUGCUCUGAGUGUGUGUGUGUGUGUGCCCUCUGGUUUGAUUUUUGAUUUGAUUUAUUAGGAUCCCCAUUAGCUGACGCCAGUGGCGACAGCUAGUCUUACUGGGGUCCGACACGAGAACUAAAAAUACAUUACAGACAAAAUACUUUACAAUUUACAUACAUUUAAAAACAUGAACAUGUAGUGUGUGUGCAUAUAUCAGUUACACAUACAUGUCAGUACAUACUGAACAUACAACAAGUAGGUCACAUGGGGGAGAGGCUUUGUGCCGUGAGGUGUUGCUUUAUUUGUUGUUUUUUGGGGGGGGUUGGGGUAUGGAGGGUUGUAGAGUGAAGGACCCUCUCCUCCUCCUCCUCCUCCUCCUCCGGCCAGCUCUUGUGCUGUGUAUGUAUCUCAAUCUUUGGCUGACAGCUGCUGCUCACUUCUUAACACCAUCCAUGGCAGAGUCACCAUGUUCCUACCACAUCCUACUGAAAGCAAUUUAUAGUGGCACAUGAAUCGGUUGUCUUUUAUUGCCGCUGCAAUUUAGGUUCAGUUGAAGUCAUAUGUAAAUUAGGAUGGUAUACGCUCUGUGGACACGUAUUGCCCCUGUUCAGUGUUUAGUAAAGCACCCCAGAUUGAGGAGGAAGACUGAAGUCGUAGUCAGUGUGGUUAAAGAGGAGAGAGGAGAGCCCAGCUGCAGAGAGAGAGCGCUUCCUCCCUCUCUGUCUCUUUGUGGGUUACUCAUACAGGCUGUGCCAAAGCCGCUGGCUUUGAAUGUAAUUGGUAGGCGAGAGAAAAUUCCCUCAUUUUUUUAGGUUGGCUGGUUUGCACAUUAAAUUACGGGGGAAAAAAUAUAAAAAUCUAUGAAGCCCCGGGUUCCCAGUUUAUUGCACAAUCACAACAGCUUCUCAUUAAUUCAAGACUAGGGGUGAAAUAUGCUGUUUUGUGACAAGUUAUUAAACAGUUAUAGAGCCUUACAGUUUUCAAUUUUCUUUUUAAUGUUUUGAAGAGCUUUUGUCCAACAUGAUCCUUAUUUCAAUUUCAGAGGAAGUAUAUUCAACUUUUGUUCUCCACAAAAAUCUUUAUACGAUCCAGACCAGUUUCCACACUCAUGUGCACAAUAUAUCACCAUUCCCUUCCCGGGAUCUCUACACCUGACCGUUCUCCCAGGUUAAAUCACUGUUCGUCAACGUCCUAUCCUAUCUGAUGUUCUCUGUUCAGGUGUGCUGUGGAACCUGUCGUCGUGUGAUGCCCUGAAGAUGCCCAUUAUCCAGGACGCCCUGGCAGUGCUGACCAACGCUGUCAUCAUCCCCCACUCGGGCUGGGACACCUCGCCCCAUCAAGAGGACCGCAAACUGCACCUGCACUCUUCCCAGGUGCUCCGCAACGCCACCGGCUGCCUCAGGUCAGUACUGUUACUGGACCCUCGAGUCAAUCAAUCAAAUGUAUUUGAUAAAGCUUGCUAGCUUUUUACAUCAGCAGUUGUCACAAAGUUAUUUACAUUUACCCAGCCUAGACCCCAAAGAGCAAGCAAAGCAGAAGUGAAAGCACAGUGGCAGGGUUAGAAGUUAGACAUCACAAGUCAUGACAGUGGAUGUCAACCUGAGGUUACAUGCACUGGGUUGUAAGGUCUCUUCUGGGUGUAGCUUUCACUGAGAGCGGUCGGAUUCUUUCAGGUGAAUGUCUCCCUGCUUUGUCCCUGCCUGGCUUGCCUGCACACAGUUCCUUUGUGUUGGUAAUGCAGGAUGUAACACAUUGCUCUUUCAUUUUACAUUUACAUUUAAGUAAUUUAGCAGACGCUCUUAUCCAGAGCGACUUACAAAUUGGUGCAUUCAACUUAGUGGGACAACCCACUUUCACACAUGAAUACUCAUGUAGCUUUGUCCGUAUUGUGAGUAUUGACUUGACGAAUGAAUGUUAUUGAUUAAGGACGUUUUAUCACAGACAAUGAAUGCCACAAGUGUCAGACCGAUUAUGGGAGCACAUGUAACAUGCCUCUUCCCCAUAAUUACCAACAUUAUGAGGGAUGUUGUGUGAAAACGGCAUUAAAGCAUUCUAUAAUUCUGGAAUAUUGUCAAAGACUUUCUGAUUAUAGCGCUGGCACCGGAAGAAAAUUGGCUAUGUGUCAAGUGUUUCUACUCUUUAUAUCUGGGCCCUUGUCUCCUGCGUACCAGCAAGAGAAGUGUCUGCGAAGAAGGAGAAUAAUGAGAUCUUAGCUAAUACAUUGCCUGUCUGUUAAUUUAGGGGUUAUUCAUUUUAGCUACAGUGCAUUACCCUCUCUGUGCAAUAUGUCACCGCUUCUCUGUAGUGGUAUUAUCCGCUAAUAGUUGAUAGAAAGAAAACCAUUAAUAUGCCGACACAUUACCUUGUCAAAGCAGGAAGUGAUUAAUGAAAGGGAGGCGGACUUUGUGGGCACGCCUUGUUUCCAUUGGCCACCAGACAGGUAGUCCUCUGCAGCACAACCAAUCAGCACUGCAGCAGCGUGAAGUGGAAGGAAGCCCACUGUAAGUGAAAUGUGCUGAGUCUUAAUGCCUGCCUGUGAUGAAGUAUGACUGACUGUACAGUAAAUCCCUGAGCUCAGCAGGCUAAUUCAUCUGUUUCAUGGGUCGUUAAGGAACAACAGAACAGGAGCUUUGAUUGAAUAUUUAAUGUGUGGGACCAAGAUGCCUCGCCACCUGCCGCCUCAUCACACACCUGUCCCUCAUCCUGUGACACUCAUGCUGGCUGUCUUCAGAACAGAAUCACCAUGGCUGACAGCGUACGCAGCACGCUAGCUGACUGACAUUCUUCACAGGGUGCCUCUCUGCCAGGGAUCAGCUAGUGUCUAAUGGGAGGAAGUGUGUCAAUAGGACUAUGGCCCACCUUGACAGCAAGAGAACAUACUCACUAUCACUAUCGAUCAGACUCACAAUAGAGUCAACAAGCCCUUUUACCGUUAGAUUGUCAGUGCACAAGAGUCAACAAGCCUAUUGAAGAUGCUCCAUGUUCCCUUGUUCGUAUCAUUUCCUUUCAUCUCUGGGGUCAUCUCUUGUGUCUGGUCUACCCUGGGGUGGUCAGUGGGCAGUGACUGCUGUGUGUUGGAACGCCUGAUAAAGGACCCUGUCUCUAUCUAACCAGAGGCCAUCUCUCACUUAUACAAUCAACUCACUCAUCACUGAAGAGCCCCUCCAGAACAGAUACAGAUGCAGUAGAUUGAUCCAUGGUCUUCUUUGUUUAUCAGACCCAUUACAAAGUUCUGGAGGUGCCGACGGAGUCACAAACAGGGCAUCAAUACUGAGAAAAAUGGCAUUAUAGUUUUUUAAUUGUCCAGCCAAAUGACUUGUAGGCUGAUCACUAGAGAUGUGGGUAUCUGUUGUCUUAACAUGAGGCCAUUUUGUAUUCACAUUGACCCUGACCUCUGUCAUGACCUUUGACCCUAGACGGCAGUUAGUGCCUUCAUGCUUGGUUCACCCACUGGAAUACGUUUCCUGUCCGUGUCAUAUAGUUUGAUACUUGUAUCAGAAAGCAGAAUCAAUAAUACCAAGGUAAACCACAGAAGCUGCAGCCCAAAGCUCAGUGAAACCAAGGUAAAAGGCAGUAACUGACGUGAGUGAUGGCAGUUACUGCUUUUUUCCCUGCUUUCACUGUAUUUUUUUCCAGUUACUGUAAACAUGAGCCCCAUUCUCUCAACACAGUGGAGGCAGGAUAUUUGUCCACAUGAUAAAGCAUGUAUUUAAUGUAUCAAAAAUGUCAGUAACUCAUUUUUGACCAAAUGUGCAGUUACUGCUCUUUUGCUUGGUAGGGCAGAAUAAUCUCCUUAUCUAUUGGGCCCAACCUCUAACAGGAGACACAGAUAGAUAAAAGCCAUGUUGUCCAUCCAGAGGCCUGUUAGAAGACCAGGCUGGCUGCACCAUUACAGACUCGUAAUGACCUGACAUUUAAAGGGCAGCGGAGAGGAGACAGGAUAGAGGCUGUAUCCCAAAUCGCACCCUAUGUCCUACAUAUUGGGCCCGUAUGGGCCCUGGUCAAAAGUAGUGCACUGAUGUCCAAAACAUUAGGAACACCUUGCUAAUAUUGAGUUGCACCCCUUUUGCUGUCAGAACAGCCUAAAUUCGUCGGGGCAUGGACUCUACAAGGUGUCGAAAGUGUUUCACAGGGUUGCUGGUCCAUGUUGACUCCAAUGCUUCCCACAGUUUUGUCAAGUUGGCUGGAUGUCCUUUGGGUGGUGGACCAUUCUUGCUGCACACGGGAAACUGUUGAGCGUGAAAAACCCAGCAGCGUUGCAGUUCUUGACACACUCAAAGCGGUGCGCCUGGCACCUACUACCAUACCCCUUUCAAAGGCACUUAAAUAUUUUGUCUUGCCCAUUUACCCUCUGAAAUGGCACACAUACACAAUCCAUGUCUCAAUGCUUAGAAAUCCUUCUUUAAUCUGUCUCCUCCCCUUCAUCUUCACUGAUUGAAGUGAAUGUAACAGAUGACAUCAAUAAGGGAUCAUAGCUUUCACCUGGAUUCACCUGGUCAGUCUAUGUCAUGGAAAGAGCAGGUGUUCCUAAUGUUUUGUACACUCAGUGUAUAGGGAAUAGGGUGCCAUUUGGGAUGCACCCAGGGUGGGAACAUGAUCUGACGGGCCAGGUUUGUCAUCGUGUCAAACUAUACUGUCAUUAACGCCAUUUAGUUAUCCUAUAUUCAAUCAAAAUGAUGACAAGCACUGAAGAAGUAGUAUAUUAAGUAUUUAGUCCUGAAAUUAAACUGAAAAAUCAUGAUGAUGGUUACCUACCAGCGGACAGUACAAUAUAACAGUGAUACAGUGCUGAAGAGAAAUGUCUGACUGUGGCUGUUGUUGCAGGAACGUGAGCUCUGCGGGGGAGGAGGCUCGCAGGAGGAUGAGGGAGUGCGAGGGCCUUACCGACGCUCUGCUCUACGUGAUCCAGACCGCCUUGGGCAGCAGCGAGAUCGAUAGCAAGGUUUGACUUUGUGUUCCUCUCAUCUCCUUUCAUAAAGCAGACCCUUUAACACGAUGCUGAGGGAAUGACAGACAAGGGCUGCCCAUCAUUACAACACACACGCACACACACACACGGAUGUCCCAUGUUGUGGAUCUGGAUCAGUGUGUUGUCAAGGUUGCCUCCCUGGCUCUCUCCACCUCAUCAUCCCCUGUAAAUGGCCUUCUUUAAUCAUGAUGUAGCUGCUAAACACCUCUCCUGUCCUUGCUGGUGCUCUGCAUGGAGAGAUAGGGGGUGCUGACUUCCUUGUAUUGGUGAUGAGGAUCUACAGUGCAGUCAGGCUAGACGCUAGCACAGAUCAUCAACAGCUCUGAUUACACUGGUCAUUUCCCAAAAGCCCAUACCCGAUGUCCAAUUUCCUGCAAAUGAAUACCUCAGAGUCUAUGGAGCUAGUGUUUUUCUCCUGCUUUGAAAUGCAUUAUUUAGUAUAAUAGAAACAAAGCCUAUUUACAGUAUAUUAUGUUAAGAUUCAAUCCUCUAUAAGUACUAGUCAGUGUUCAACUAUUGGAAGGAUUCAAUCACAGGUCAUGCAUGGAGAAAUUGACACACUCAGUCAAUGUCAGACUGUUGUUCAAGGUCACCUGUUUACGGCUUGUAGAAGACAUUUUUGAAUCUGAGAGAAAAUGGACUAGGUACUAGAUACAUACAGUACAUGAUAACCUCGAGCGAUGCGCAGCACUAACUACAUUAUCCUGAUGUCAAGCAAUAACCAUGACAAACUGUUCUUCCCUAAUCAAAUGUCUUCCAUAUCUGCCUUCUCUACCACACUCAUAACGAUGUACAGUAGGUUAUGGUACCAUAAAGCUCCUCCGAUUGUACGACUACAUACUCGCUCUAAAUGAGUGCCAUAUUUUGUUUGAUUUCCGAGGGCCUUUCUUAUGUCUGGACUACUUUCUGCCAACCAGUUUGAAGGCGAUCUGGCGGCCCUAAUCACACUGAAAAUCCUUUACAAGAUCAAAGUCGGCCCACUACGGUGUUGAAUGCCUCACUGCUUACUACAAUGGGAUUACCACUACAGUACUGCUCUGGCCUGGAUCCAGCACAGCAAUCUAACAAGUACAAGGAGUUAGUCAUACAUCAGAAAGAGAUGCACUUGACUUUACUUUACCAAUUGCAUUUAACAGACUGGUCAAUUAAUGUUCCAAUUGAAAUCGCCUUUAUAGACUGGUUAAUGAUUUAAUUCUUCCACUGUUAAUUGUUGCAUUGAAGGGUUGGCAUCUGCUCUGUUUAGCUGUGGAAGAUGUCAUGAAAUAAUAGACUCUCAACAGUGUAACAUACAGUAGGCAAUGUUUAGUAACAAGGUCUGUAUGUGUUGUAUCAAAUGCAGUGUCAUGGUCUAUUGCAUUGCAUGCUCUGUCUAUUCGAAAGCAAACAGCAACAGACAGAUAUUUGACUCAUGCAUUUGCCCCAGUUUAUAGCAUCCCUAAAGCAUCCUGUCCGCUCACAUUGGAGGAAAUAAACAGUCUUAUAACUUCAACUUUACUUUGAUCACUACAUGGCCGACAAGCAAAGCAUCUCAUGGCACGCAUCAAAUUGAAAUACUGCUCUCAAAUCUCUAUUUAUCUCUCUCUUUCUCUCUCUCUCUCUCUCUCUUUCUCUCUCUCUCUCUCUCUCUCUCUCUCUCUCUCUUCUCUCUCUCUCUCUCUCUCUCUCUCUCUCUCUCUCUCUCUCUCUCUCUCUCUCUCUCUUCGUCUCCCCCUCUCUCCUUUCCCCAACUCCUUCCCUUCAUCUCUCGUCAUCUCCCUCUUUUGUCCUUGCAGACCAUUGAAAACUGUGUAUGCAUUUUGAGGAACCUCUCAUAUCGACUAGCUGCAGAGACAACUCAGGGACAGCAGAUAGGCACGGACGAGCUUGAUGGAUUGCUUUGUGGCGAUGCCAACAGCAAGGAUGCCGAGAGCUCUGGUUGCUGGGGGAAGAAGAAGAAGAAAAAGAAGGCCCAUGAUCAGGUGGGCUCCUCUCCUCUCUCUCCUCUCCUCUCCUCUCCUCUCCUCUCCUCUCCUCUCCUCUCCUCUCCUCUCCUCUCCUCUCCUCUCCUCUCCUCUCCUCUCCUCUCCUCUCUACAUCUCCACUGCAGCUGUUAGCAAUUAGCCAGCGUGUUAGAGCAGUGGUGCUGGAAGCUGGCUAGGGAGGGGGGUCUAUCUAAUGGAUAAUUACUCAUUUACUGGGUUUAGUUCUGAAAGAGUGUCUUGAAGAGAAUGCCAGAGCCCACCUGGUGUUCAACCUUCCUAAGAUCUCCCAUGUCACCCCGCUCCUCCCCACACUCCACUGGCUUCCAGUCGAAGCUCGAAUCAUCUUCAAGACCCUGGUGCUUACCUACGGAGCAGCAAGGGGAACUGCCCCUCCCUACCUUCAGGCUAUUCUCAAACCCUACAUCCCAACCGGAGCACUCCGUUCUGCCACCUCUGGUCUAUUGGCUCUUCUACCCCUACAGGAGUUCAGUUCCCACUCAGCCCAGUCAAAGCUCUUCUUUUUUCCUGGCACCCCAAUUGUGGAACAAGCUUCUCCCUAAAGUCAAAAGUCCCUGCCCAUCUUCUGAAAACAUCUGAAACCGUACCUCUUUGAAGAGUAUAUAUCUUCAGUAUGUCUAUCUCAUGGCACCCCCGACGCGCCCUUAAUUUUUAAAAAGGCACUUACCUGCCCUAUUAGCACUGACUUUGCUGAUUAAUACUUGAGGAAAAAUGUACUUGAUAUGAUUGUGAUAUGUUGUCUCACCUAGUUAUAUCACGACGAAUGCACUAAUUGUAAGUUGCUCUGGAUAAGACUGUCUGCUAAAUAACACAAAUAUAAUGUGAAGAGGAGAGAUUUAUCAUGGUUUUCUCUGCCAUGCCUGGGACAAUAACCAGGCAAAAGCUUAUAUUUGAUUAUUAUCUGAGUUGGAUUAUGCUAUUGGCUGUACAACUCAUCUACUCUGGCAUACAUUAGAUGCUCAUGUGGUUGGCUUGGUGGUGAUGAUGAUUUAGUAUGUGCGAUAUGCCCCAGAGAUUUUAACUAACUACUUAAUUCUUAAUUAUGUUUAUCCUAUAAGUUCAUAAUUCAAAAAGCAAUGUGACACUCACUUGUCACUCAAGUCUCAACCAUAUUCAACGUUUUCAACAUUUUCACUGUUCUAUGAUAAUUAAGCUAUUUUCAGUGGCACUAAGUAGUGUUGCCAAACAGUUUAAUGCCUGUAGUAUUGACAAGUAGUAACAUUCUACCAUCCUGUGUCACUCAGUGGGAUGGUGUGGGGCCCUUCCCGGACUCGGCUGACCCGCCCAAAGGCAUUCAGAUGCUGUGGCACCCCACCAUCGUCAAACCCUACCUCACCCUACUGUCUGAGUGCUCCAACCCAGACACCCUGGAGGGGGCAGCCGGGGCUCUGCAGAACCUGGCUGCAGGCAGCUGGAAGGUACAGCACAGUACAGUAAGCUAUGGUCUCCCUCCUUAGAGCUGCUCAACGGCAGCCAUUUAACUGUUCACACUGUCAUGUAAAUGAACUUACUGAAACAGAGAGCUAAUUGGUGACUGUUAACUCACUGUAUUAGUCAAGAAAGCUGGAACAGUACAGUAAGCUAUGGCCUCCUCAGAGCUGUCCAACUGCCGAUGCCAAGAUGCUAUAACUCUUAACAGAUAGAUAGGGUCUAAGUCAUUGGUCUGUUCACUUAUUGUAAUGUUAGUUAAGAAAGAGAUACCAGAUCCUAUAAGAUGGUCAUCCUACUCUGACUGAUAGCAUAGAACAUAAAGAUGUGUGACAGUCCUCUCUGUCUCCUCUCCUCUCCAGUGGUCUGUGUAUAUCCGUGCGGCGGUGAGGAAAGAGAAGGGUCUACCCAUCCUGGUGGAACUGCUGAGGAUUGACAACGACAGGGUGGUGUGUGCCGUGGCCACAGCUUUAAGAAACAUGGCCUUAGACGUCAGAAACAAAGAACUCAUCGGUUAGUUAGGUUGUCAGUGAUUCAGUAUUCUGCAUUCACACAUUCAAAAUGUUUUUUCUCUGUGCAUGUUUGGUGUGUGUUUGUUGUGUGUGUGCGCGCGCGUGCGUGUGUGUGCAUAUGCUAAUAUGCGUGCACUUCUCUGCAGUCAGCUAUACCAGCAUCUUUCUCUACUGAGAUGAGUGUGCAGAGCUCUCUUUGUGGACUGUGUUCACAUGGUUGAAAUUCUCUUCAUGACAGCACUAAAAGACUAUUGGUUUUCUGUUGGACCUCUGCAUCUCCAUAGCAACUGCUCUUGCCGUCUCAGGCUGGUGCUCUGUGCUAAGUAGACGUGUGCAUCAUGUCAUAGAGCCGCAGGCCUUCAGACUCCCUACUCUGUGUUGAUAGAAUAGAGGGUAGUAACCCACAAUUAUCUGUUUACAUGCUUAAGUCAUGUUAAACCAAUGUUAUGUCUGGCUACAUAUGACACACCUAAUAACCAUGUAAAGCAAUGAUGGGGUAUACUAGUAGGAUUUUUACUGUAGUUUUAAUGGCUUUAGUUUAUAAUUGUAUUUUAUUGAGAAAUGUUUCUUAAAAAUAAUUGUAUAAUAUUUAAUUUUGUAUUGACAUCAUAGCUACUAUAAUAGGUAUAUUAUCGUUGAAUAUCAUGGAAUGUACUCCAAAGGAUUUUCUGUUUCUUUGUUUAUCUACAUUACAAACAUCUGUUGUAGUUGCUAAUGCUUUUACUAUGAAUCGCAGCGUAGUGACUGUGCACUGGCAGAACUAGACCUUCCCUGUCGUUCCCAUUCUCAGGCCUGAGGGGCUUGACAUUUCCAUCCCAGCUAAAAAAUGUAAUGUCCUCAGGCCUACAGUACUGUAUGAGUGUUGAGUGGGGUCUUAAAAAAGCCCCAUUGAGCAGACGAUAUAUGUAUUAAAGCCUUGUCAUAUAGCUGUACAUGUCAGGCGGGGAGUUUGAGGCCGUAUUGUGAAUUAUUAAAAGCACCACGCUUUGAAUUUCUUCUCUCUCUCUUGCCUUUCGCAUAUGCUGAUACCCAUCCUUCCUUCCACUCUCUCUCUUACUCUAUCAUUCUCUAUCCCUAUCUAGUCUUUUAUGACCUAGAUCUCGUCUCUGACUAAAAACCCAUAGGUGUACUGUACUACUGUAAAUGCUAAAACAUCAUUAUCUGUAGUAUAUCCUAUGUUUUAGAGCACUGUCUUUUUAAAAUUCUUAUUCAAGUGGGAUGCCUCAGUGUCAAGUGCAGUAUUUAUUGUUCUCCUGUGAAGUCAAGAGAGCCUCUUUAGCUCAGUCACUCAGUGCUCAUUGGGGACAUAGCCUCUAUAGGACAAGGGGCUUGUGCACAUCUCUAAUGUUGAAGGCUCUCCUGCUGAGUGUUCAUAGGGUUAGACAAGGGGUUGAAGACCAGCCAGGAAGCCACUACUGACUUACAAAGGAUUUUGGUCACAAACAGAACAUUGCUUCGUGGAGAGCAUGUUUGACAUAUUUAUUUCAAAUCAAAAUCAAAUCGCAGAAUAUUGUUUUCUGCAUCCAUGGUUUUCAUAAUCUGUUUCCUAAAUGGUAGCACAUAGAUUUAAAUGUUAAUGUACAGUAUAACUUAACCAUGAGGUCUCUUUCUCUCCACAACAGGCAAGUACGCAAUGAGAGACUUGGUCCACCGUUUGCCCGGGGGCAACAACAACAACAGCAGUGGUGGGACUGCUGCCGGUGCUAUUGGGAAGACCAUGUCGGACGACACCAUCACAGCUAUCUGCUGUGCCCUGCACGAGGUCAUCACUAAGAACAUGGAGAACACCAAGGCUCUGCGUGACGCUGGAGGCAUCGAGAAACUCAUCGGUAUCGCCAGGAGCAAAGGAGAGAAGUAGGUGUCCAGAAGUCAUGCUGUGUUCACUCUAAUCUUCUAACCUAGAACCAAAUGUUGCAUGCGUGCUGGCCAGCUACUUUAUAUAACAUGUUAUCACACUGUCAAGAGAGACUCUGUUCACCCUAACCUUCAACCCUAAUGUAAAGGAAUGUAACUGCUGAUCGGGACACAAGUACUGUUCGUAAAUACUAGUUCUGUUAGUUUCCCUCUAAAUUCACUUUAGGAGAUGUUUUUAUGAUGUUUUCCCUACAACUCACCACUGUAAAGAAAUGCCUUUUAAAUGUACCUAAUUGGGGGUUUUCUGUUUUCUGUUUUGGGAUUUUAUGAAAACAGUUCUUCCUUAGGAGCUUUUAGUUUGCCAUUAGCAAGGUAAUUGGGUAUUGUACCUUGGCUCCCUCUCCUCAUAGUCCUGUGAUGCACUCACUCAAUGUUGCCAAGGACCAGGGACUCUAUAAGAAUACAUUACCCCAUAGAGAAGAAAUUACCAAAGUGUGUUAUCUGAGUGUAAGACAAAAACACUCUUUAAGAGUCUUGAGAGAAGAGAAGUGUGGCUAUACAGUAUCUACAGUGCUAUGAUGUAAUAACUUGAUGAUUAUUCCAUAUCUCUGGUGUGAAUCAGAAUGGAGGAUGCUUGGUUAAUUGAAUCACCUCUAGCACUGACAUUUGUGGCUUGUGGAGUUGUGUGCUGAGAUAGAGUAGAGGAUGGAAGAUGUGUGAGAGAGAGGGGCCUCUGAUGCUAAACUGAUUGGAUUUAUCUCUGUUAAUUGCGUUUAUCCAUUUCAAUUUUUUUGGCAAGAAUGACUAUGGUGCUGAAGCACAGAAUGACCUUGUUUCCAUUUAAUGUUCGUUUGUAUUCUUUUGUUAUUGAAUUUGUGUUUUUUUAAUGUUUUUGUACUGGUGAUCUUUCAUCCAGCAGCGAGCAUUCAAUACCUUUUGAUGAGAACAUUUUGUUCUAUUCAUCCAAGGAAAAUAAAGUGUAGCUUUUCUCUUCCCAGACACACACCCAAAGUGGUGAAAGCAGCCUCUCAAGUCCUCAACAGUAUGUGGCAGUACAGAGACCUUCGCGGUCUCUACAAAAAGGUGUGUAAAACAAAGAACUUGCUGCCACCACAAGACCUCUGCUGAAGGAGCUGUUGGAAGUUUAACGCAUUAGUCUCUGGAGUGUCCUCUUAGACAGUUUUGAGCAGUUGCUUUUUAGUCUUUUAUUAAAGGGAGCGAGAUGGAGAGCGGGAGAGAGAAAUAGAGAGAGAGACGAGGUAAAGGGCAAAAAUGUAUACUGUACAGCAAUUAAUGUGUCAUGUGUGACACAGUUCAGCAAGCUCACUAAGUGCAUGAAUUGAUAGUGAGAGUAAAGCUGGAAUCCCUCUGGGCUGCAGUUUAAUGAACUAAAGAAUCUCUCAAUGUUGACCUGAGGAGAGUAGAUAAACAUGCUUUAAUGAAAGACAGAUUAAGAAUUGGAAGGUUUAAGGGCUUUAAGAGGGGGAGAAAAACAUACACUGUAAGACUGGUGUCAUUAUUGUAACGUUCUCCUUUUUCCUUAUUUGAAUGUGUGGAUAGUUCCAAACCCAUUUGCUAUUUGACCAGAUGAUCUUAGAUCUUACAGUAUGGUCAUAGAGUAUGAUCUUAGAUCUUACAGUAUGGUCAUAGAGUAUGAUCUUAGAUCUUACAGUAUGGUCAUAGAGUAUGAUCUUAGAUCUUACAGUAUGGUCAUAGAGUAUGAUCUUAGAUCUUACAGUAUGGUCAUAGAGUAUGAUCUUAGAUCUUACAGUAUGGUCAUAGAGGAUGAUCUUAGAUCUUACAGUAUGGUCAUAGAGUAUGAUCUUAGAUCUUACAGUAUGGUCAUAGAGUAUGAUCUUAGAUCUUACAGUAUGGUCAUAGAGUAUGAUCUUAGAUCUUACAGUAUGGUCAUAGAGUAUGAUCUUAGAUCUUACAGUAUGGUCAUAGAGUAUGAUCUUAGAUCUUACAGUAUGGUCAUAGAGUAUGAUCUUAGAUCUUACAGUAUGGUCAUAGAGUAUGAUCUUAGAUCUUACAGUAUGGUCAUAGAGUAUGAUCUUAGAUCUUACAGUAUGGUCAUAGAGUAUGAUCUUAGAUCUUACAGUAUGGUCAUAGAGUAUGAUCUUAGAUCUUACAGUAUGGUCAUAGAGUAUGAUCCUACAGCCUAGUCAGCAGUAUAGGACACUACAGAGACUAAUGCGUUAAACUUCCAACAAGCAUUUCGCUACACCCGCAAUAACAUCUGCUAAACACGUGUAUGUGACAAAUAAAAUUAGAUUUUUGUUUCAUAGAUCAGUCCAUUAUUGUUAGAUCCCUUAUGCAUCUUCUUUUCCCCCAGGAUGGAUAUUCUCAGUAUCAUUUUGUGGGCUCAUCCUCUACAAUAGAAAGAGAUAGACAAAGACCAUAUUCCUCCUCCCGCACCCCAUCCAUCUCACCCGUACGGACAUCUCCCAAUAAUCGCUCAGGUUAGUUCACUGUUGUCUCUCCCUCUGCAUGUCAGUGUGUAGAUGUAUUCUCUCUUUACCCCAUAGUAUUAAAAUACUGGACAUUUUUUGCAAACUCACAAGGCUUUAGAGCUUUAAUUGCCAGACGUUGCCCCCCCCCCCAGAUUUUCCUCACGGCUGGUUUGAAUGCCACAACUGAGGCUCUGUUCAUCACCACAGCAGCCUCAUAGGAGAGACCUUGGGAGGCACAGUUAGCUCUGGGGGCAGUUAGGGCCAAAGCAGAAUACACCUACAAACUUGAAUAGUCGUCAGAAUGCACUGAGUCACUCUGGAUAAGAGCAUCUGCUUAAUGACUAAAAUGUCAAUGUAAGAGGUCAUUUUAUACUACUGUUAUUAAAACCUAGAAAUUGGUACUGUAGCCUUUGGCUGCAUUUAAGGGUGAUUAUAGGAGGAUUUUCUUGGACGAGAGGGUGUUUGUCGAUUCUGUUCGGGACAUUACAGUUACAUGGUGCUCUAAUUGGAGUGUAAUUAAAUUAAAAGUGGAAAUACUGAACUUAAUGGAUCCUAUUAGAAAGCAAUAAACUCUCUAAGGAAAGAUUUCAUAGAAGAGCCAUUUCUGGAUGUUAGAUCCCCACUUAGUUAGGCCUACGUAUUUGUUUUCAUUACAUGCAUGUUUUCUUUGUGCCGCUUUAUGGCACAGUAAUCGUUAUCUGAUGAUGUCAUCAGCUGCUUUACUCUCAGCUUCCUUGUAUCAACAGAAUGUGUCAAUGUAGGAGAGUGGGAGGAUUAAUAAUGAUGAAGGGAGUCAAGUAGGUGUCAAACGUAUUUUCCUGCUAAUGGUGUACGUGAUAUGUCAUCUGUGUGUUUGCAGCAAGUGCUCCUGCCUCUCCCCGAGAGAUGAUCAGCCUCAAGGAGCGGAAGACAGACUACGAGUCGACGGGCACCAAUGCCAGUUACCAUGGCAACAAGGGUGAGCACACUUCGAGGAAAGACGCCAUGGCAGGUAGGAAGGAAUUUCAGGGCCUCCAUCAGAUUCCUCCUCGUUUCUGGAUGCAGUGUGUUUUCAUCAGAUGAGGUGUACUCUAAAACAUGUGUGAAGCCUUUUUGUCAUUUUAUAAUAAUCAUCUUGGUAACAAUGACCACAUACCUUCUCUCUGUUUCUCUCCCACCUGUAGUUGAAAUCUCAAGUGGAACCUCAACAUUGUUCCGAGGUGCCUACGUCUCUCCCAGUGAUGACAUCAAACACAACCAAGUAAGGAAUGAAGAAAUGACUUGAUAUCAUUAUAAGAGCAACACUCACUGUUAGGUACUCUCUCUCCAGUAGCAGAGUAGUGCUCUAACCUCUGUGUGUUCCAUAGGUCUCUGCUCAGGGGCCCAACCCAGUCCAGGAGCCCUACCCUCCAUUCCAGAACCCUCCUGGUGUACAGUUUGAGGAGGUGUUCUACGAGGACCAGGUGCACCAGCGCCCUCCCCAGGCCACAGACUUAAACAUGCACCUGGGCCUCAAGUCCACCGGCAACUAUGUGGACUUCUACUCAGCGUCCCGCCCCUAUAGUGAACUCAACUAUGAGACUAGUCACUACCCGGCCUCCCCGGACUCCUGGGUCUAG